AUGAACAAUAAACCAAAACCACAAAAUGCCGCAGCACCAGUAUUUCGUGCUCGCAAUCCAAAUCAACACCAUCAUCAACAUGUGCAUCAACCAAGACCACAUGCGUCUCCCAAUAUUCCGCGCCCGAGGCCACCAUCGUUUUCUCGAGCGCCCUGGGAUGUAACACAAUGGGUUGAUCCUAUUGAAACUCAAUAUUUAAGCCAUCACAAAUGA